CUUUGUUGCUUGUUGUGGCGGGGAAGCUGAGCGCCAGCAUGUGCUCGCACUUCACCAGAGCCGGCUGGCAAAGCAGGGGAAGAAGGUUGGGGAUGAGCACUGUACACCCAGGGGGUAGGGCUCCUGUCUGGCCGAUGUGCUGAGCAAACAGGAGCCCGGCAACGUCUCUCCGGGCUGCAGCACGGGUGGGGGUUUCCCUUUUUCUCUUCGGUUACUGAAGCCGGUGGGCCAAAUUCAUCUGACGUGCGAAGGGCACCAGUGAGGGCUCUGAGCCCUUCUUAUUUUUUGAAGCCCUGAGACAAGCAGCUGGUGAAGGGGGCAGUGGCUUUCUUGCUUGGGCUUGGAGUUUGGCUCCUGGUUUUCAGCGGUGUGCUGAGCCCCGGGUUUUGUGUCGGGACCUCAGGGGCGGCUGGCACCAGGGGAGCCCCCUCGCGGGGAGCGGGAGGUUGUGUGCAGUGGCAGAGCCUCGCCCGGGCGGACUGCGGACUCGCUCGGCGGAAACCCGAGGAGGACCGCGCUGCCCCGCUCUAGCCAGGACCCCUUCCCAGCAUACGGGGCUCUUCUCCCUCCGCGUUUCAAAGCGGACCCCAGCGAGCCCGGGCUCCUCCGCGGCAACCGCCGCCCCCCUGCCGCCUUUGUGCCUCGGCGAGGUGGCCCCGGGGCGCUCCGUCCUCGCCGUGCGCCCGGCAGCGGAGUGAGGCGUUGGGCGACGCUCCCUUACGCAGGCCACUCCGGCGUCGGUUUCAAGGCCCCUCCCUCCCGGUGAAAGGCAGACUGCGGGGCGCCUGGAAACCGGUCCGAGAGAGAGAGGCGAGGGGGAGAGGGCUUGAGGGAUUGACACAAAUGGUCAGGCGGCGGCGGCGGCGCAGGAGGCGGCGGCGGUAGCGGCGGCGGCAGCAGCAGCAGCAGCCCGGGCUGCCUCUCGCGAGGGGGAGCCGCGCGCUGCCUCCCUCCGGGCUCCGGCGGCCCCAGCGCGGCGGGCAGCGGCGCCCGUGCCCCCCGCCCUGCCCUUCAUGAGGCUGCGAGCGGCAGGCGGCGGCGGGCGCCCGCGGAGCCAUGGCUGAGCGCGGGCAAGUCCGCUCCGCGCGGCGGCUGCUGCUGGCGCUGGCGCUGGCGGUGGCGGCGCGGGGCCAGGCGCCGGCGCAGCAGCAGCAGUACAACGGCGAGCGCGGCAUCUCCAUCCCGGACCACGGCUACUGCCAGCCCAUCUCCAUCCCGCUCUGCACGGACAUCGCCUACAACCAGACCAUCAUGCCCAACCUGCUGGGCCACACCAACCAGGAGGACGCGGGGCUGGAGGUGCACCAGUUCUACCCGCUGGUCAAGGUGCAGUGCUCGGCCGAGCUCAAGUUCUUCCUGUGCUCCAUGUACGCGCCCGUGUGCACGGUGCUGGAGCAGGCGCUGCCGCCCUGCCGCUCCCUGUGCGAGCGGGCGCGCCAGGGCUGCGAGGCGCUCAUGAACAAGUUCGGCUUCCAGUGGCCCGACACGCUGCGCUGCGAGAAGUUCCCGGUGCACGGCGCGGGCGAGCUGUGCGUGGGGCAGAACACGUCGGAGCGCGGCACCCCCACGCCCUCGCUGCUGCCCGAGCUCUGGACCAGCAACCCCCAGCAGCGCGGCGCGGGUGGCGGCGCGGGAGCGCCGGGGGCCGGGGCCGGCGCCGCCGCUGCGGCCGCGGGGGGCGGCAAGUUCUCCUGCCCGCGGGCCCUCAAGGUGCCCGCCUACCUCAACUACCGCUUCCUGGGCGAGAAGGACUGCGGCGCCCCCUGCGAGCCCGGCCGCCUCUAUGGGCUCAUGUACUUCGGGCCCGAGGAGCUGCGCUUUGCCCGCACCUGGAUCGGCAUCUGGUCGGUGUUGUGCUGUGCCUCCACGCUCUUCACCGUGCUCACCUACCUGGUGGACAUGAAGCGCUUCAGCUACCCCGAGCGGCCCAUCAUCUUCCUGUCGGGCUGCUACACAGCCGUGGCCGUGGCCUACAUUGCUGGCUUCCUGCUGGAGGAGCGCGUGGUGUGCAAUGAGCGCUUCGCUGAGGACGGCUCGCGCACGGUGGCACAGGGCACCAAACGCGAGGGCUGCACAAUCCUCUUCAUGAUGCUCUACUUCUUCGGCAUGGCCAGCUCCAUCUGGUGGGUCAUCCUCUCGCUCACCUGGUUCCUGGCAGCUGGCAUGAAGUGGGGCCACGAGGCCAUCGAGGCCAACUCACAGUACUUCCACCUGGCUGCCUGGGCUGUGCCGGCCAUCAAGACCAUCACCAUACUGGCCUUGGGGCAGGUGGAUGGCGACGUGCUCAGUGGUGUCUGCUUUGUGGGCAUCAACAACGUAGAUGCCCUGCGCGGCUUCGUGCUGGCCCCCUUGUUCGUCUACCUGUUCAUCGGCACCUCCUUCCUGCUGGCCGGCUUUGUGUCGCUCUUCCGCAUCCGGACCAUCAUGAAGCAUGAUGGCACCAAGACAGAGAAGCUGGAGAAGCUGAUGGUGAGGAUUGGGAUCUUCAGUGUCCUCUACACGGUGCCUGCCACCAUCGUCAUCGCCUGCUAUUUUUAUGAGCAAGCCUUUAGGGAACAGUGGGAAAGGAGCUGGGUCACCCAGAGAUGUAAGAGCUAUGCCAUUCCCUGCCCCAACAACCACAGCAGCCACCACCCACCCAUGAGUCCUGACUUCACUGUCUUCAUGAUCAAGUAUCUCAUGACCUUAAUCGUGGGCAUCACCUCAGGCUUCUGGAUCUGGUCUGGGAAAACGCUCAAUUCCUGGAGGAAGUUCUAUACUAGACUCACCAACAGCAAGCAGGGGGAAACCACCGUGUGAAGCCCAGCCCCACCCAGCUGAGGGAAACCUUUUGCCUCAAAGGUGGGUGAGGGACCUGUAUCCAGCUCGCCAUGUAGCCACCAUUCUAGCUGGGACGGGGUGAAAUGCUUGCAAAACAGUCAGACUUUCUGGACUGCAAACGACAUCUCCAGCCUGCAGGGAACUCUGAGAGAACAGAGGCAGGUGGGGAAACUCCUAAGCUGGGACAGACUCUCUCUUUCUGUUUCUCCCUCUCUCUCUCUUUUUCUGUCUCCUAUUGGAACUGAACAUACUGUGUCCUUUGGGGAGAGGGUUGUAAAUAGUCUCUGUAAGAUUUUGUAAGUAUAUUUGUACUGUAUUUAAAUUGCAAAGAUCUCUCACUUUUUUUAAUUAUUUAGGACAUUUUAAAGCCAUUUACAGAUAUCCCUCCCCCCAUCCCCCCACCCACACACACUUUAAAAAAAAAAAAAACAACUGGUAUUGGAUUUUAUUUUCUAGUGCAGGAUUGAAUUUUUUAUUUUUUUUUAAAACCAAAACAGAUCCCUCUCUUCUCCCCCAGACAGGUUGGCUGAUUUGCUUGGAGUUUUAGUUGCAUGAACAGCAGGGCCUGCACUGAGGUUGCUGCAGCUGUGCAAAGGCUCCUCCUGACCCAGGCAACCUCCUGAUCCCAACUUCCUACCUAGGUAUGGGGAGGUGGAGAAGAUCACCUGUCAUGAUCCUGCCCCAGAUGCAGGGACAGGUUGUUUAUCCCUUAUCAAUUGUAUCCUGAGGGAAGAGAAGAGAAAGCAGCAAUUUGCUGCCUCUACCAGCUCUGCAUGGUAGAAGAGAGGAUGAGAGCAGAGGAGCUGAUCCCUGCUGCCCACCAAUAACUAUAUGGUCUCCUUGUCUUGCUGUCUCCCCAAAGACAUUCAAUACCAGUCACCCAACUGCCAGGGGAAGGGGCGGAAGAAGUGGGAGGACCAUUUUGGUUCUGUCCCAAACCGUGCCUCACCUCUGGGGCCACAGCAGCAGAAUAAACAACUUUCUGCCAAGGUUUUGGAUUAGAUGUGUGUUUGGAGGGGGGAGGGGGUUGGCUGUCUUCUGGGGGUUUUUUUGGGGGGGGGGGAGGGUUUCUCUCUCUCUUUUAAAAAAAUUAUUUAACUGUAGCUAAAGGAGAAUUGUGGUUUUUUAAUGGUCAAGAUCAGAGGUCUUAACGCCACCUGAACCUGUAGCAGGUCUGAUGGCUUAAAAACGAGAACAUGGAUAUUAAACUUUCCCUAUAAAGUUAUAUUUUAAACCCCCCGCAAAAGGAAAAAGCAAGAGAUGACUGGUCUGGGUGAUCUAUUGGCUGUCACCGUCACAAAAAGUUUAGCAUUGUGUGCAAGAAAGAGAGACCAAGAAUAGUUCUACUCCUGAUUCUAAUUGUGUGCUCAGUUUUAGCCAUCUGCUUCAGCAGUGAGUAAGCUUGUGUAUGUUUAUGAUAAUAUUAUUCUGGUAAUGAAACCGCUGAGGGAGAACUACCUGGAAUGCUUUGUUGAGAUGCUGAUACUUGCUUAGAUUAACAGACAGCUCAAUAUAAACAGGAUCAGGAAAUAUGAACUCAGUAAAAAGAGUUCUAUCAGAAUGAAAUGCAGCAUUCAGAUUUUUAAAAAUUAAAACUAUAAAUUGACUUUCCAGUUUCAAAAUGUUUAAAAACAUUAACCCUCCUUUGAAUUCUAGUUUAUGUGUUUGUUGUUAUGAAGGAAGGAAGGAAGCUUUAGACUACUAGGAGGGAAAAAUGGUUAAACAAUCUGGUGGGCUAUGAGACCUUAAGGAACCUCUCCCUUUUUUUAGCACAGUAAUUACACUGCAUACUGUGGAGGUAAGAAAGCACGCAUGCAAUAUGUCUACUAUCUCAUAUUGCUCCUGGAUAAGUGUGAGGGGACAGGGUUAAACAGGUUUAAACAAGAUGCAUCAAAUGUAACCCUUGACAGCUUCAUUUUAAUAUUUAGUCCUCUGUAUGAAAAACAGCAGACUGCUACAAUGCUACACUCCUGAUUGUAUUGUUAUAACUUUUUAUAUAACAAGCACCUGUAUUUAGGUUCAUAAAUGUUAUCUAUGGCUCCCAUACCCUGAAAUGCAAAGUUAUUUGAAUUCGGUAUGCAUUUAUUUCUGUUCAUUAUCACAAGAUCAUCUAUAUUUAUAGAGGAAUAGAAAUUUAUAUAUAUUAAAUACCAUAUUUUUAAUUUCUCUGAAAUAAAUUGAGGUUUUGUACAAAA